CUCUGACGCAGAAUAUCAACAACAACUGUAGCACGGGGAAGUAAGGUUUUUGACAGCAGCAGCAUUGACAGUUUUGCUUUUUAAACAUAUGUAGGCAGUAACAAUGUUUUGUAAGAUAAUUCUGACCGUGGUUUUGGUAGCAUUUUUAUGUUCCAACGUAUUAUCGUCAGUGCAGUUCAGUUUUCAACACGUACAGACGUUGACAUCUGCUAGUUUGGAAAAUUUCAAGCAGGCGACGCAUGUUACUCUUCUUUACUUUUACAAAAAAGAACUACCAAGGAUAAAAAGUUUUUUUAAAGCACUGGAUAAAUCUGCCGAGUAUCUGGAGAAUUAUGGCUCAAAAAUAGGACUGCUUGACUGCACAGUCGAAAAAGAUGAUGGCUGCUCCGAGAAGAAUGUGGAACACACAUUGAUUACGUACAUAGACGGCAGCGAGUUGAUGAGACUUGAACUGGAAACUAUGUUUGAUGUUAAUAGCAUCAUGUCCAACGUUCUUCAAGUAAUUUUGCUGAUGGAAGUUCCCAUUGUGCAGACUCUUGAUAGCAGGCUGGAACUAGAAAUAAAACAUAAAGGAAAACAUGAUAUUAUUUAUUCCUACCAUAAAGCUAUUGGCACUUACGAACACAGAGUGUUUUUGGAAUUGGCAUUUGCGUAUCAGAGUCGUUAUGUGUUUGCUGUCACAACAGAGUUUGAGUCUGUUAAAGGUCUUACAGAUGAGGAACAGACCACAGAUGAGAAAUCUUCAGCAGCAAUAUGGAUUUUGUACUGCAAGGACUCCAAGCAACCAGGCCCGGGCUGUGAGAAUGUUAAGUACAGGGGCAGUAUGAAUCUGCCAUCACUUGCCAAGUACCUGAGAUCCGUCACUAACCCCACCGUGUUUUUAUACCCAGAACAUAGUUCUGUCCCUCAGUGUCGUCAGGAUGGAAUAGAUUGUUUGCUGCUGUUCUAUGAUGCUGCCAGCAGAAAUCGUGUAAUGGAAAUCGCAGAAAGUGUGAAAUACGUUGUUCAUGAUAUUGCUGGAACUGUGGCAGUGAAUGUAGAGCAUAAAGAUGCAGACCUAAGUCAAGUGGCAUUUGACAAGAGUGCACCAGCUGUUGGUAUUCUCCGAGGGGGUCUGACACACUAUAUGGAUAAACCAUGGACAGCAUCAAACAUUGAUGUCUUUAUUCGUGAGAACCUGUUCAAGGAAAUACACGAGGAGACUUUUUCAGAAGAAUCGUAUGGAGACAAGCUGGAUUUACCAAGUGUUGAAGAAGUUGAGACCCAGGAUGAUGAGGUAGCCAACGCUGUGUUCCAGAUGCAGAAGCCCCUGAUCUCGGACAUCCCAUCAUUAACUGACAAGACAUUCCCGACAACCAUAGCAGAGUCUUCUCUCACAGUGGUGCUCUUUUAUCUUCCCUUUGAUGCACAAAGUAAAGCUUUUCUGCAUUCCUAUAAGGAAGUGACUCAAAUCCUCUCGGAAUCGGACACAAAGAAAUCACCAUUGACUAUUAUCAAUUGUCAUGACUGGACAGACGUCUGUCAGAAACAGAACAUCACCAUCUACCCUACCACACGGGUUUUUCGCAAGGCAUCCAAACCCAUGGACUACCAAGGUCCUCUUGAUAUCAAAGCAGUUGUCUCUGCUGUAAAACUUCUGCAACUCAGGUAUGCCAUUAGAACUGAAAUCGCAAGAUGAGGUGGAAAUGUUCAGCACAGGAGACCUGCCUCUCAAUGCAGCGGAAUCCAUCUCCAAUGUGUCGGUUUUAGGAAUUUUUGAUAAGGCAUCUCAGAAAG